AUGUCCUUGCUUAUAGAAACAAAUUCCUCUCUAGAUACACGUUAUCGAUAUAGGACGCGUGCCAGCUACAGCCUUAGAAGACGCUGUUGUUAUGGAUACACAGGAAGUUACUGUGAUAAUCCAAUAUGCAGCUGCCAAAACGGUGGUAUUUGUAUAGCCCCUAAUGUUUGCAGUUGUCCUGCAGGAUACGCAGGAAUCUUAUGCCAAAGACCAAUAUGCCAUCCUGCUUGCCAGCAUGGACACUGUGUCAGCCCAGACAGAUGUAGCUGUAACUUUGGAUAUACGGGAGCUGCUUGCUCUCAGCCUAUAUGCAAUCCACCGUGCCAAUCAGGGGGAACCUGUGUAAGCAUAAACACCUGUCAAUGUCAAUCAAAUCAAGCAGGACCACAGUGUAAUCAACCUUUGUGUAAUCCUGCUUGUUUAAACGGUGGCGUGUGUUCCUCUGGACAUGUUUGCGACUGUUCUGGUACCCACUUCACAGGGUCGAGAUGUGAAAUACCUGUUUGCAAUCCAGCUUGCAGAAACGGUGGCACAUGUGUUUCUCCCAAUAUAUGUGAUUGUCCUGAGACAUACAGAGGAGCAUAUUGUGAAAUCCCAUUGUGUUCCUACCAUGAUCCCUGUUUUCCUGGCGUAUGUAGCGCCAUGCUAAAUUGCAGAUGCACUCACGGAUUUUCUGGAGAAGGGGGGUUCGAAAGAUGUAAAACAUUUGAUGCAAAUAAUAUUCCAAUCAUUACGAAGUGUACGUCAGUUCUUAGAAAUAUUGAAAGGACGGGUAAAAAAAGGGAAAUGUAUCAAUUUGUGACGGACUCGUCGGAGCCAAAUUCUAUGAAAACGGACAUGCUUUGGCUGAAUCAAAAAGGCUUCAACUAUCUUAAUGUUGAAAUCACUGCAAUGUAUGUACCAGCCGAUGAAAUUUCAACACCUGCAUACGUCAAGGACUUUGCAUUUGGGAUUGUUGCAGCAUAUUUGGAGAUAGAUUUGUAUAAAGUGCACAAAGAUUCCUCUGACAUCGUGUUUGUCAGUUUAAAUAGUACAACAUAUCCCUGCCCAAAUCAGCCUGGGUCUCUCCGUCCAAACGAGGCUUUGUAUUCUUGCAACAUCAUACAUCAUGACUUCGAUCGUCUUUUGGAGGAUGGCGAUAAUUUAACAUUGACUGUCAUUGUACAAAAUGGUGGAUAUCGUGCUUUAAAAACUUCAUCUUCCACAAACUAUAUCGACCUUUUUAAGGGCCGUAACUCAAGCAAAUCAAUGAUGUACAGGUUCGACUUUCGGAAACCUCACCACUGUAAUCUGGAUUCAAAUAAGUGUUCGGUGAAAGCUUUCACUGUUCAGAAUGAUAUUACAAAGGACCCUAUUCAAAUUUCAUGGGAAGGAUGGUCUGAUGCUCUCUCCGGGAUAGAGAAGUACAUGAUUGAGAUAUAUCCUCUGAAGCCAAACCAAAAUGUUAAUCCUAGUUUGACAGAACCAGAUCCAUGGAGUCCAUCACAUGUAUUAACAUUUAACACCUCACAGAGAGGGUGUACAUACAUUCCUCAAAAACAAGGAAUGUUUUCUCUUAUACUGAAUGUUGUAGACAGAGCUAAUAACACGGAAUACGCAAGGAUGCUAGUACUUUAUGACAAUACAUCAUCAAUAACUAUAGACCAUUCCUCACCCAUGAUUUCAACCAGCGCAGUUGCAGAAACAAAUUACCAGUGGCAGAAUAACUUGACCAACGAUAUAUCAAUCUCGUGGAAAGGACAUUUCAGAAACAAAUUUCACGAAGAUAAGAAACUUCUCAGUCAGGUCACUGAUUUCAGACAUUUCGAUCACGAUAAAAAGUUUCAAAAGAAAGUUCUUAAUGAAUUCGACGACAACGAUGGAGAAAGAACAUUAAAUGCUAUACAAAAUGUCCACGGAAUCUUAAAAUUCGAGUACGCAUAUGGUAACGCAAACCAAGGAAAUCAGACCCCAUUAAUCUUGCAACCUGUAAAUGACUUAACCCAAACAUUAUCUUUCUUUGUUCAAAGACGAAACGGGGAUACGCUAAAUAUAUGGAUCAGAGCUACUGAUUCUAUGGGCAAUAGGGUCACCGAUAUUAUGCAUGUAUAUUUCGAUGAAACACCGCCAACAGCCCUGUCAAGUCGCACUGUCCGAUUCAUACCUAAUAUAAAUCAAUCUAUAUACCCUUUUUCUAGCCGCUUACGAAUCGACGCUCAUGACCGAGAAAGUGGAAUAUUCAGAAUUGAUUGGCAAUUUAUAUCCAAUCACAGUAGAAUCAUUUUCAAAAAAGGAUCAAUACCUGGGAAUAAAACUAAGAAUUUGCCACAAUUUGGCGAUGGAUACAAAGUUCCCAUGGGAGAUUUUUUUCUGUACAGUCAUUAUCUUGAUGUUGAUAAUUGUUGGAUGGUUGUGCCUAAGGAAUCCUUUUAUAAUGAGUUUCUUAAAAUAAAAGUCAAAGUUUACAAUAGAGCUAUGGAAUCGACGGGUUUUGAAAUGACGCUCAUACAUUUGGAUUCUUUGCAUGGAAUCGAUGAAUAUACUGGGCCAAUAAAUCUUUAUGUUGAUAAAAAGUACGAUAAUAGUGUGCGACUGAGGUGGACUUUGUCCCCUACUUGCUACGAAAGAACCAGGAUAAGUCUAUCUGCUUAUUCGGAGAAUGGAGAACAGUUUUCUCGUGUUGUUGAUAAGGAUGCCGAUCACUUUGAUCUAACAGGACUUGCGUCUGAAACAACAUACAAUUUGUCUUUCGUAACAGAAUAUGGAGAUGAGAAAAGCAACCCAAUAUUUUUAGUUUUUAAAACAUCGUUACCAAAAACAUCUGCUGCUCUGACUGGUGGUCAAAUAGCAGGGAUAUCCACACCUAUAGUGAUCAUAUUCUUAGUUGGGAUCAUUGUCGUUGUUUUCAUUUUCUGGAAAAAACGGAAAUGCACAAAUAAACAGACAAUGCCAAAGAGGAUCGUCCAGGGCAAUGUGCUCUAUAACAGGGAAUUUAACGAUCCAGUCGCCAAUGACACACACCAGCAAGAAGAGCAACCUCAGAGAAUAUCGCACACAACCAUUACAUUUGGGCCCCUAAUAAAACAAGGAAACUUUGCGGACAUUUAUGAAAUAAGCAGAGCACAAAGAACCUUGGUAGCAAAAGUAAUGAAAAAGGGUUACACAAGCACAGACGAAGUUCUUAUGCAAGCCAAGAUUGAUUACUACCUUUAUGUAGGAAAACAUGAAAAUAUUUUGAGAUUUGUUGGAGCUGUACUUAACGACAAGAUCCGCGGAAAAUAUAUAGUGCUUGAAUAUUGCAACAAAGGUCAACUUGACAUUUGGCUACAAAAUGAAAGGAACAAGGCUGAUGAUAGAACUUUUAACAAGCUUUAUAAAAUAGCGAAUGGAAUUUGCGAUGGAAUGGUAUAUUUGGAAGAAAAAGAGGUGGUGCAUCAAAGACUUGGGACUAGAAAUGUGCUUUUGAAUGAGUCGGCGACGUCAGGAAGUGAACUGAUACCAAAAAUAUACGGAUUUUGUCCAACACCAAAGACUGACACAGAUGGAAAAGAGCAAAUUCAUUUCAAAUCAGUGGCACCAGAAUGUUUCGAAAAUCCCCCAGUUGUGACUACCAAGAGUGACGUCUGGUCGUUUGGUAUCGUUUUAUGGGAAAUAUUCAGUUUAGGUGAAGAUCCAUAUCCAAAUAAGACAAAGGAAGAGGUUUGGGAAUGUCUUCAAAAUGGAGAAAGACCAAAGAGACCUCAAUAUGAUAAGUAUUACAACGUGAUGACGAUGUGCUGGCACCAGGACGCAGAUACCCGACCGUCAUUCAUAGAAAUAAAUCACAUGCUUAAUGAUAAUAAUCAAUACCAGUGAUGCAUUUCUUAAGAUGUUAAUCAAUAUUAAUAACUAUGCAUUUAUUUUGUUGUUGUGUUUGUACAUAUUUUGCAUAUUAGCCAAUCAUUUAGUUAAAUCUGUAGUUACAUGUAUUUUAGUCAGUUAAUUUCUUUGAUCUGCCUUUGCAGAUAUGUCAAAAUGAAAGGUUUUAUUGAUUGAAUGUUAUUUUACGUCCCAUUUGAGAUUUUUUUUCACUCAUAUAGAGAUAUUUACAUAUACCGGUGAAGGCUUCAAAUUGGGGCCGUUACUCGGCACUCAAGGCCAUUGAACAGUAAGUUAUCUUUAUCGUGCCAACGCCUGCCAUGACACAGGGCCUUAAGUGAAAGACCUGCAACUUCCACUACGAGUGCCGAUCGCAUAGCAAAGGAAAAGUUGCUAUUAUAAUAUUUUUUAUCGACUUGUUUCAUGAAGUCGCGGACGAAAUUUGAAUUCACGACCUUUCGAACAUGGAGCGAACGCUAGACCGAAUGAGCUACGGACGUCUUGAAAGGUAUUUAAAAUUGUUUAUCAAAAUCUUUCAUGAAUGAUAGCACUGAGGCGUAAUUUAACUCCUUAAUCAAACUUUAAUGAUAAUCUAGUUUUAACAAAGCUCUGAUAGAGCUUGCAUCAUAACAUGCAUAAAGCUUUUAUUGUACCAUGCAAUUAUUGAUUGCUGUCGGUGAUAUAUUUUUCCAAAAAGUUUGAAAAUUUGAUGCUGGAUUUUUUCAUGUUGAGCACAUAAUAUUCAGAGAAGUGUUACUGAACAUUUAACUGAAACUUAAGACAGUACUCGUAUCUUCUUAAUAUUUUUUUCCAGAACAUUAACAAUUGCCUUUUGUUUAUUAUUAUGUACGUGCAUAUAUUCGUUUAUCACUAAAAUAGUUUAAUAGGGCUAUAUAUUUAUGUGUAAGAUGUACAUUCUUUUUCAAUGACAAUAUUGUUGACUGUAUAAUUGUUAUAAUCCUAAAUAAUUAUCUGUAAAAACUUUUAAAAAAUUAUAUUUAGGUAUUUAGAAACAAAUAAUAAUAUAAUGUAAUCACGAUUGUAGCUAUUUGAUAUUAGUAAUUGAGAAAAUUAUAUCCGCAUGCCAGUUUUCCUUUAUUAAUUUCAAACCAAAAAAAAUCAAGAAUAGAUGAAGAUCUUUAUAAUUAUUUUAUGCUUUAAUAUAUUCAAUUAUCAGUUUUGCCAGGGAAGAAAGAGAAAUGUUUAACAGUGUAUAAGAUUAUAUCUCUAUUACAUGUACUAUGUAAAGACGUUUUUGUUAAUGAAACUUAAUACCUACGUAUAUGCUUACAUGUAGAUAUUUUAAAAUAUAACUAUAAAAUUAUAUUAAAUAAAUAUUUGGAAUGCAAA